CUGAGGCUACGCUGACGCCAUGGAGACAGACCCCCCCCUGCGCUCGGCGCCCGAUGAGCUCCGCCACCCCUACUCCAACUUCUCCAACUGGAAGUUCAAGCUCUUCCGGGUCAAGUCCAUGGAGAAGGCGCCGCUGCCGGCCGAGGGGUCGCUAGGGGGGCAGCCGCCCCCCCGGGCGCCGCUCUCCCAGCCCCCCGGGAAGGCGGAGCAAGAGUGGGCGGAGUCAGAGGUGGGCGGGGCCAGCAGCGUGAUGAGGCUCUGUCUGGGAGGGAAGGCCAAGGAGGUGGUGGAAGGGGCGGCCCACCGAGUCGACAUGAAGCUCCUGGAGAUCGACACCCACAUGAAUCACCUCAGGAGCCUGUGCCGGCUCUGUGGCCUGGCCUGGGUGAAGGCGAAGGGGGGGCCGGAGCACGAGGUGCAGGGGGUCCUGGACGAGGCCAGCAGGAUGUCCCUGCGGAGGAUGGGGUGCAAGGCCACCAGCUGGCCGGAGGUCCUCCUGAAGGUGUUCAAGGUGGACGUGGGGGGGGACCAGGAGACGGUGCACCCCCCCUUCUUCUGCCACCGCUGCUGGAAGGCGGCCAUCAGGGGCGGGGGGUUCUGCUGCUUCUCCCGAACCCGGGUUCCGCAGUGGCACCCCCACUCCGCCCACUGCCCCCUCUGCCACCCCAAAAAGGCCUCCUUCAAGCAGAGGGGCCGGAAGAGAUGCCGCUCACCCCGGGCCGCCCCCCACCCGGCCAAGAGGGCGAAGGCAGACCCCCAGGACCGCGGGGGCGGGGCCCGGAGGCCCGGGUGCGAGCGGGCGCCCGGCGGCAGGGCCUGGCGCCAGCCCGGCCUGCAGAGGGCGCUGUGGGUGAAGAACAUCACCCGCUGCCGGAGCGUCCACCUCAGCGCCAAGCUCCUGCAGGACCCGCUCCCGGCCGACUUCCUGCGAGCCGUCACCUGCCAGGUGUGCGACCACCUGCUGGCCGAGCCCGUCCAGGCGCCCUGCGGCCACCUCUUCUGCCGCACCUGCAUCCUGAAGUACGGCCGCGCCCUGGGCCCCCGCUGCCCCGCCUGCGCCCUCCCCUGCCCCCCCGCCGAGCUCGCCCCCCCCGCCAAGGCCUUCCUGGAGGUGCUGCGCGGCCUGCGGCUCCGGUGCCCCCGGCAGGACUGCGAGGAGGGGGUGCGGCUGGACGCGUACGGGGCGCACUGCCUCGCCCACAGCGAGGAGGGGGACAGGGACGAGGGCGAGGGCGAGGGCGGGGGCGGGGGCACGCUCAAGGGGCGGGGCUUCGACUGCUACCAGCCCGUCAACAAGGGCGGUCGCCCCCGGCAGCACCUCCUGUCGCUGACCCGCCGCGCCCAGAAGCACCGGCUGAAGGAGCUGAAGGCCCACGUGAAGGUCUUCGCCGAGAAGGAGGAGGGCGGGGACGUCAAGUCCGUGUGCCUCACCCUCUUCCUGCUGGCGCUGCGGGCGGGGAACGAGCACCGGCAGGCCGACGAGCUGGAGGCCAUGAUGCAAGGCCGGGGGUUUGGGCUGCACCCUGCGGUGUGUCUGGCUAUUCGGGUCAACACCUUCCUGAGCUGCAGCCAGUACCACAAGAUGUACCGCACGGUCAAGGCCACCAGUGGGCGCCAGAUCUUCCAGCCCCUGCACGCGCUGCGCAACGCGGAGAAAGAGCUGUUGCCCGGCUACCACCCCUUCGAGUGGCAGCCGGCGCUGCGCGGCGUGUCCAGCGCCACCGCCGUGGGCAUCGUGGACGGCCUGUCGGGCUGGACCGCGUCCGUGGACGACUCCCCGGCGGAGACCAUCGCCCGGCGCUUCCGCUACGACGUGGCGCUGGCGGCGGCGCUGAAGGACCUGGAGGAGGACAUCGUGGAGGGGCUGCGCGAGCAGGGCCUGGAGGACAGCGCCUGCACUGCCGGCUUCUCCGUGGUGGUGAAGGAGUCGUGCGACGGCAUGGGCGACGUGAGCGAGAAGCACGGCGGCGGGCCGGCGCUGCCGGAGAAGGCCGUGCGCUUCUCCUUCACCGUGAUGUCGGUGUCGGUGCGGCCCGAGGGCGCCGCGGCGGACGUCACGCUCUUCCGCGAGCCCAAGCCCAACUCCGAGCUCAGCUGUCGGCCGCUCUGCCUGAUGUUCGUGGACGAGUCCGACCACGAGACGCUGACCGCCAUCCUGGGGCCCGUGGUGGCCGAGCGCGACGCCAUGAAGGAGAGCCGGCUCAUCCUGCCCGUGGGCGGCCUGCCGCGCUCCUUCCGCUUCCACUUCCGCGGCACGGGCUACGACGAGAAGAUGGUGCGCGAGCUGGAGGGCCUGGAGGCCUCGGGCUCCACCUACGUCUGCACGCUGUGCGACGCCACGCGCGCCCAGGCCUCGCACAACAUGGUGCUGCACGCCGUCACGCGCUGCCACCGGGAGAACGCCGAGCGCUACGAGCUGUGGCGCACCAACCCGUACGGCGAGUCCGCCGACGAGCUGCGCGACCGCGUCAAGGGCGUGUCCGCCAAGCCCUUCCUGGAGACGCAGCCCACCAUGGACGCCCUGCACUGCGACAUCGGCAACGCCGCCGAGUUCUACAAGCUGUUCCAGGACGAGAUCGGCCAGGUGCACCUGCGGGCCGGCGGCGCCCCCCCGGGCCGGGAGGAGCGGCGGCGCUGGCGGGCGACGCUGGACAAGCAGCUGAGGAACAAGCUGAAGCUGAAGCCCGUGAUGCGGAUGAACGGGAACUACGCGCGGCGGCUGAUGACCCGGGAGGCGGCGGCGGCCGUGUGCGAGCUGGUGCCGGGCGAGGAGCGGCGGGAGGCCCUGCGCGAGCUGAUGGAGCUCUACCUGCAGAUGAAGCCCGUCUGGCGCUCCACCUGCCCCGCCCGCGAGUGCCCCGACCAGCUGCUGCGCUACAGCUUCAACUCGCAGCGCUUCGCCGACCUGCUCGCCGCCACCUUCCGCCACCGCUACGACGGCAAGAUCACCAACUACCUGCACAAGACGCUGGCGCACGUGCCCGAGAUCAUCGAGCGCGACGGCUCCAUCGGCGCCUGGGCCAGCGAGGGGAACGAGUCCGGGAACAAGCUGUUCCGCCGCUUCCGCAAGAUGAACGCCCGCCAGUCCAAGAGCUUCGAGCUGGAGGACAUCCUGAAGCACCACUGGCUCUACACCUCCAAGUACCUGCAGAAGUUCAUGGAGGCCCACAGGAACUCCGCCAAGGCCCUGCAGGCCACCAUCGACCCGGUGGAGAACCUCGACGACGGCGAAGUCGAAGUCGAACCCGAUCCCGAACCCGAUCCCGAUCCCGUCGACUCACUGGACUUUUGAGAAGGAAACGAAAUGGGUUAAGCCGUUUUAUUUUUUUGUUUUUGCUAAACUCGACUUGCAGAUGUUUUUUCGAAGCGAUUUCUGUGUGUCGCUCUGUGAGCACUCCUUCUGCAUUUAUUGCAGAAGUGGAAUUUACCUUCUCAGCGUCGCAUGAGUAUUACUGCCUCUCAGGGCUGCUCUGUUUAUGGUGAGAAAGGUUUCAUUGUGGCUGGUGAUUUAAUUUACUCUAAGUGGCUUUAAGUGCCUGCAGGACCCACAGAGGUCUAAUGUGACGAGGCUCCUGCAUAGUCUAUAUAACACUUUUAAUAGGAAAGAGAACACACUUUAAUGGGGGCGUUCGUGCCGUUUCUUUUUAUUAUGAUAGAUUUCUUUUUGCGUGAUAAAUGAGUAUUUCUUUGUUUCAUUUGUUUUGAUUGAUUUAUUUAAUGUCAAAGAAGUGAAAUAAUGUGGUUUUCACUCUUGCUAGUUUCUCCAAGUUCAUGUUUUCAAGAAAAAAAAAACUUGAAAAAGGAAAAACAUUGUUACAAUUAACCAGUUCGCAUGGUCCUUGUCGGACAAUACUUUAUUGUAUUCCUUGUGCAUAUGAAAGUCUGAAAUUGUAUUUUUUUUUACUCCCAGUGAAAUAUUGGGUAGUUUAUUGUACUGCUUGGCUGAGACACAUUCAUGAAUUUAAACAGAAAGGUUAUUUAUGCGGAAAGAUGAAAGCAUUGUAAGUCAUGGACAGGUAAUUGUGUUAAAGGAGCAUACAUUUUAUGACUUCUGCAUUAAUUUAUCACUGGGUCAGGAAAGAAAUGGAAUUACAGAAACUCAAAUUGUCUUUGUUUCAUGAGCGCGAGGAAAAAUGAUUGCUUUAGUGCCUGGCAUUGGGGUCCCGUGGAGCAGAAUGACUUUGAAAUCUCCUUAUAGGUUUAGGCAUUCAUAGCGGGAGAAUGAGACCAUUCUACUUUUCUAUUCCUGAAAUAAAGGAGCCUUCGUUAAUUAGCGGGAGAAUAUGUUUAUUGCUAAAUGUUAUAAAUGGAGGGUUUCCUGCGGAGGACAAUGGGUUUUUUUUCUUCUCCUCUCAUUAAAUUGCGGCUCUGGUUCUGUGUGAGGGAAACAUUAGUAAUAACAGGUGUCCUUAUUUCCCCGCCGUGGACCUCGCGCGUGAACUUUCGCCGUCUGCCUUCCGAGGCCCGGAGACAGUCUGUCGCCCGUCAGCGGCGUUCGGAGAGUGACGGCGCGUUUCAUUCAAACGUCGCCCCUUCAGCUGCUGCCUCGCUCACACUUUCAUUCCGUUCCAAAAUUGAUUUUUUUUCCCUCCCUUCCAGUCUGAAUAAAGCUGCCCCUUUUUAUUUGGCGGGCGGGGGGGACCUGUGGGAGAAGUGAAGCGAGGAAGUGAGAGUGAAGACUAAAAGAAGAUGUUAGAAGGAACUUUUUAUUGCGUUGUCUGAGUCUGCCGUUUUGUCGGCGGUGAUAUUUUUUUAAUGUGACUUUUUUGUCAUUUUUUAACUCUGGAACUUUUUUGCAAGUAGCGUCAAGCAAAUCUAAAAAAAAAUGUCUUAAUAGUCUUUGGGGCUUGUGUAAGAAUUAUAUAAGUAAGAAUAUGACAAAAAAAUAAUAAAAAAACAUUUAAAACAUUAUGUUUACAAGGAACGAGCCCAGCAUAAUAUCCUCUUCUGUACUAAUUUCAUGUUUAUAUUGCUGAUAAGUGUUAAAUAUUUGAUGAUGUUUUGCAGUUGAAUUUGAUUCAUUGAAAAGGGAGAAAGGGAUGCUAGAAUUUUGCAUGGAUCUGGAUGAAUAUUAAUUCAGCAUUCCAUCUUUUUAGUAUUUUUUAUUCACAUUAUAUAAGUACACUAACGCUCGGACACCACAUGCCAUGUGUGGGAGAAAGCCAGCUGAUCAUUGUACUGUACAGCUUUAUUUCAGUUUUGUGAUUCUGUGGUACCUUUUGGGGAUUGGUUUAAUUUUUGUGUUUUUUUGCACCAGAAAGAAGGAGUUUACACAACUGCUCAUGCAAUUACAUCUCUACAAUAUUAUUUUAUAUGUCAUUUUUUUACUCAUGUUUAAAUAAUACACUAUUCCGUCUGAUUGAUUUACUGUAGUGCAGCAGUUUGUUUUUUGCUGCCAAGGUCCUUAAUCAAAAUGUUUUCAUUUUAU